AUGGCGGCCGCGGCGCUGCUUCGGGGCGCGGCUCCGGGGCGCGGCGGUCCGGCCUGGUGCUGGCUGCUGCGCGCGGCCCCGAGGCGUCGCCUAGCCCACGGCUCAGGCCGUCAUGGCGACGACCCCGUGAGCGGCGCGGCCUGGGCCUGCUUCCCGCUGGGCGAGCGCGCCUUGGUGCGCGUGCGCGGGCCAGACUCCGCGCCCUUCCUUUUGGGGCUGCUGACCAAUGAGCUACCGCUUCCGGGUCCUGCGGCCGGCGCGGCCCCGCCCCCAGCGAGGGCGGGCUACGCCCACUUCCUCAACGUCCAGGGCCGCACGCUCUAUGACGUCCUCCUGUACCGACUCCCCGAGCACGACGAGGCGCCCGCCUUCCUCCUGGAGUGCGACCGCGCGGUGCUGGGCGCGCUGCAGACACACCUGGCACUGUACAAGAUCCGGCGGAAGGUCACGGUGGAGCCGCGCCCCGAGCUGCGCGUGUGGGCUGUGCUGCCCCGCACCCCGGAGGAGGCCGGCGGGGCUGCGCCGCUGCGGGAGCAGGCGGAGGGGGCCACCAUCCUCACCCGCGACCCCCGGACCGCCCGCAUGGGCUGGCGGCUUCUCACCCAGGACGAGGGCCUGGCCCUGGUGCCCGGCGGCCGGCUGGGAGACCUCCAGGACUAUCACCGGUACCGGUACCAGCAAGGCGUUCCCGAGGGGAUCCAUGACCUGCCCCCAGGAGUGGCCCUGCCCCUGGAGUCCAACCUGGCUUUCAUGAAUGGUGUGAGCUUCACCAAGGGCUGCUACGUGGGCCAGGAGCUGACGGCCCGCACCCACCACAUGGGCGUCAUCCGCAAGCGCCUCUUCCCCGUGCGGCUGUUGGGCCCUCUCCCAGCCUGCGGCAUCAGCCCUGGCGCCUCGGUGCUCACUGCCUCGGGGCAGGCAGCCGGCAAGUACAGGGCAGGCCAUGGGGACGUGGGCCUGGCCUUGCUGCGGUCAGAGCAUAUCAAGGGCCCUCUCCACAUCAGGACGGCCGAGAGUGGCCAGGUGGCCUUAACGGUGACCGUGCCGGACUGGUGGCCCACAACCACCAAGUAG